CUCCAGCAGGAGGGGCAGACAGCUCUGCUCAGCAGCGCACCACAAAGUUGCAGAGCAUCUCUGAGUCUCCGCCUGCCGGGCUUCACUUGAUAUCUGUCUCACCUGCAGCCUGCCUCUCCUCGCGACAUUCAACCGUAACUUUACUUUAACCUUUCCCCGCCAACAGUUUGAGCGAUCCCCCCGAUCAAGGUGUGCCUCGACGCGUCCAAAGAUGCUGGCUUGUACGGAGAUGAUCACUAUGUGCCUGCAGUCGGCCAAACAGAAGCAUCUUCGGGCUCAGCAGCAACAACAGCCGCUGCACACCGCCGGACAAGGGCUUACUAUCUUUCAUGAUAUUUUCCGCAGAGCAGACAAAAACGAUGAUGGCAAGCUGUCAUUUGAAGAGUUCAAUGCUUACUUUGCGGAUGGGAUCCUGACUACUGAGGAGUUACAGGAGCUUUUCUACUCCAUAGAUGGCCGACAAAAUAACAAUCUGGACACUGACAAGCUAUCGGACUAUUUUUCUCAGCACCUGGGGGAGUAUCUCAAUGUUCUUUCAGCUCUGGAGAGCCUGAAUGUUGCCAUUUUAAAAGCAAUGGACAAAACUAAAGAGGAGUACCAGGGUUCCAGUGUGUUGGGCCAGUUUGUCACCAGGUUCAUGCUAAGAGAGACGUCCAGUCAGCUACUUUCUCUACAGAGGUCACUGCAGUGUGCCAUGGAGGCUGUGGAAGAGCAGAGCAGCCCUGCCCCGAGAGAGGUAAAGGCACCGGAGCUGACAGCAAUACAGAGGAAUGGCAGGCGGUGUGGUCGCAGGGUCCAUAAUAACCUGUGCAUGUCUCCAUCAGAUCCUUGCACUGGCAUCAUGACCACCGGUGUGAGCAUGGAAGAUGGAGAUAACUGGUGCUCUCAAAUCAACAGGCUGCAGCAACUGCUGGAUAAACUGGAGUGUCAGGGUCCCAAGUUGGAGCCACUGAAAGAGGACACACUGGCCAGCACGUACAAGUCUAACAUCCUGCUAGUUCAGAGGCAGAUGUCGGUGACCGAUGAAGAUCUGGACAACUUCCAGAAAGUUCUGAAGGGCUAUGUUGAUGCCACCUCAGCCCACUCUGACAACCUGCAUGUGUCCGUUCAGAAGCUCCCGGGAAAGUCGUGUUACAUAAUGUAUGAGUUCUGGCAAGACCGCAUCUCCUGGAUGAGCUUCCUGCAGUCCAACAGCAGUAAAGAUUUCCAGCGCUGCAUCAUUGACAUGUUGGAGGAUGCUGAAGUAGUUUCUACUAUGUUGCUCCCAGCUUCCUGGUGGAUUAUGACUAACAACUAACAACUGAACCCAGAAUGUCACAUCUACUGCCUACACUGUCACACGGACAAAGACGCACUGGCGUACCCACCCACCCACACACACGCACACACACACAAAUACAUAUACAAAUACACACACGCAGAGGAAUUCAAAAGGCAUCCAUGUGUUUGAAAGUAACAGGACACAGAGACAGUGGCGUCAUCUAGCAUUCUCCAGCAGUAUCUUUUAAUGGUUUUCUGCCUUCCACUGCUCAUUAUUGUGCCGCUUAUGUCAAAAGGGAGAGUUGCAACCCAUAGCCAACCUAUAGACUUGAAAGUGACUGAUUCUCUGCAAUGCAAAAGCCAUUUGAAGUUUUUUUCUCAUAACCCUGUCGCUCACUUGUGCUAUAGCCUCUUCUCUCUUGCAGUGUUUGUCUGAUAUUAUCCCAGUGGAUAACAACCUACUGUAAGAUGUGUGGGCUAGUGUAGGCUAUUAGAGUAAAUCCAAUUGGAAUGAAAAUUACCAUGGCAGUAGUGUUUUGUGCUUUUGAUGAGUUGUUUACUGUUGAAUAUAAUUAAAUAAGAGGAAAAAGCAGAAAGGAUAAGGAGAUGAAGGGUUACUUCAGCCUAAACAUGCAUGCCGAUGACUGUGGCCAAGAGCUUUCAGGAUUAGUUCCUUUUAAUCCUGGCUGUAUAUUCUGUAUGAUACUGUACCACUGUUUUUCUUUCAUUUAGCUAUCGUCAUGUGCACAGAAUGCCAACAAAGCUACACCCGCCCUGACAUCGAUCUAUUGCUAAAUAUACUGAUCAGUUAUAUUAGUUACAUCUCCUCAAUCUUCAGUCAGAGACACACUCUCUGUCUCAAAUGUAAAAGCAUCUCUAAAAAUCUGCGUGUCUAAGGAAAUUAACACUUUGUGAGGAGAUUUCAUUAUAUCACUAAGUUAUAAAAAGAAAAUGUUUUUAAUGUAUCGUGUAUUUAUUUUGAUCAUGUUAGAGUUUUUUCCAUCUGAUAGAUAUAUUUAUAUUUCUGUUGUGUUUUGGUUUAGUAAUGUAAAACACCAAUUGUGAACAAACUGAAAAGCAACUUUAAUAAAAUCAUUAAAGCUAA